AUGAAGCUCGCCGUUCGGCCUCUACAGAAGAUGGGCUUCUUUCGCAGGGACAAGGACAAGAAGAAGCAGCAGCAGCAGCAGAAGGGGCAUCAACAGCAAAAGUCCCAUGACUUCACCGACCAGCAACUGUCAAAGUACUCAUCCCAGGUCCAGCAAAACUUCCGCAACGUCGCCUCACCUCCCGGCGCUCAUAUCCCCACGCGAGCAUCUGCCGCCCUCUUCCAGAGCCUUCCAAAGGAAAUCCUCCCGCGGAUAUUUUCCUUCGUAUGCCCCCACACCCAAGAUGAGACGUACGAGACGUGCGAAACGAGCGCCAUCUUCGACGCUUGCAUGCUAUGCGACCUGAGAGACCUGGCCCACUGCGCGCGUGUCUGCUGGAAAUGGAAUCAGAUGGCCAACGCCCUGCUGUACCACAGCAUCCGAAUCGACGCCGUUCACUACUGCCCCCGCGAGAUCUAUUUGUCGGAGCAGCGCAAGCGCAAGACCUUUUUCAAGCGCAACGCUGACCCCGAAGAUACCCCCACUGCCCGUCUGAAGUUACUCUGCAGAACCCUUCGCGAGGACCCUACACGCUUUGGCUCAAGAGUCCGAUACUUCAAGGUUCCCUAUAUGCUUCGCGAAGCCGCCACGGCCGAUCUGGCCCGUAUAAUCCACGUUCUUCCCAAUAUUGUCUACGUGGACUUGCCCGAAGGUCUCUUCGCCGACGAGCACAGCUACGCCACAUUGAGGCUCGAGGUUGAGGCUAGAUGCCGAGACCUCCGCAAGAUGACGUACCGCGGAGGCGCUGAAAGCAGCUUGUCCAAGCUUGCGCACGGCGGCAUCUGGGAGAAUCUCGAAGUUUUGGAGCUGAUCAGUAUCAAUAUGGAUCCGAUCGUGCUGCGGCAUGCCCUGGCCAACCUCCGGAAGCUUCGCGCGCUAAAGGUAAUGGAGUCGCAAGCCUUCUCGGACGAUAUCUUUGCCCGCAGUGAAGAAUUGCCUCCCUUCCCACCCUUGGAGGAGCUGGUUCUCAGCAACACUCCGGCCGUCACUGCUCAAGGUUUGGUCGAUUACCUAGGCAGAGCCGAUACCCGCAACCACCUUCUCGUCCUGUCUCUCCUCAAGACCGGCGUUCACCCGGCGACACUCGCCGACAUCUUAUCCGCCGGCACCAAUCUGCAGACGCUGGCCAUCGAGGCCUCGGUAAGCGACGCUUUCAGGAGUGGACCCCGGACGCGUAGGCUUGCCUCAACAUCUCUGGAGUCGCUGCGUUUCGAAAUCACCGCUUCCAAGUCUGCGGGCCCGUACUCCAGCGUCACAGCUAGUUACUACACUUAUUUGGCCGCGUCGCUCAGAGGCAACGGGAUGCCCAACUUGCGAUCAGUCUACGUGCUUGACGAGUUCUUCCAAGACGAGCUCGAGGGUCUACCCCGCCCCGCCGCGGCAUUCUCCUCCUACGGCGCCAACGCUCGUCCGAAAUCCUCACACACGGUCGGAGCCAACCGGCCAAUGUCGGGUCUUGGCCCCGGCAGCGGUGGACGCGGCGGUCUCGCGCCACCUGGCAGCACCGGCAUGGCUAUCCCUCGACCUUUUGCUGGGGCUUCCAACGUUCGCGCUUCGCAGCGCUUCAGCUCCACGAAUCCCUUUGCUGGUACCGGUCCGCUCUCCCACCCUCUCACAAUCUAUACCAAAGCGGAUGAUGCCCUGGAUUGGUCUUCGGUGAUGCUUCAGCCUACGGCGGCAUUGGGCGGCGGAGCUCACCGAGGAAGCAUGAGCAUCCAUGGCGACCGGCCCAUCAGCUCCUACGGACUGGGCGCGGAUAUUGCAGGAUCAGGCUGGAACACGGCGGCGGCGAGGAAGAGUGUCAUGGUGGGCAACGGCGCGGGCAUGUUCAUGGCCAUCCCGAGCCAGAAUACCGGUGGUAGCAGGGGGAGUGAUGAGGACUUGUGGCCGAGACCCAGCACGGCGAAUAACGAGAAGAAGUCGACGGAUCUCUGGCGGUGA